AUGACUAAGCACUUUAUCGGCCCCGGGCUCAGCACGGGGAACCUCAUUGCCGCAUCUGGUCCUCUUGCACUUCAGUAUUACCUAGAGAAUACCCUCAAUAUGUCUGUCACAUUACAUACCACACAAGGCGACCUUAAGGUCGAGCUUUUCUGCGAAGCAGUACCCCAAACCGCGGAGAACUUCCUCGCCCUCUGCGCAUGCGGCGCAUACAACGACACCCCAUUCCACCGCCUCAUUCCGGGAUUCAUGAUCCAGGGCGGAGACAUCUCUCUCGGCCCCGCCGCGCAUCAAACAAGUACGAAACCAAUGCUUGAUUUUGAGAUCCCGAAAGGCGGCACAUCGAUCAACCACCCGGCAGCAAUGAACCAAGAAAUACACCUUCCCUCGCUAAGACACAACGCGCGGGGCAUUUUGUCAAUGGCAUCUCGUCCGGUAAAGGACAGGACGGCGCCUGGCUCUCAGGGCGCAACGGGCGCAACGAUCAACGGCAGUCAAUUCUUCAUUACGUUCGUGCCAGCGCCACAUCUUGAUGGCGCCAGUACUGUGUUUGGGAAGGUGUUGAAUUUGACUGCUCAGGAUGAAGGCGGCGAUGUUCUUGCCAAUCUCGAGAAGGCGAAUGUUAAGGUCGACAAGAAGGGGAAAGUUUCUCAGCCCAAGGAGGGCGAUGACUUUGAAGCAUUCAAGAUCAAUAAUGUUACUAUCCACGCGAAUCCAUUUGCGAAGUGAACCUUUGACGCUUGGAUUCUCUCAUGAAAGGUGGAUGAUACCCCAGAUUGCGCCCCGAGAGCCACGCUCAGGAUGAACACAGCCUGCUAGCUAGAGCUGGAGACACUCCUGCAAUCCUAUCACGUGAAGCCCAAAAUCAUUCGCUCGUCAGUCAUCCGACUCUGGCUGAUUACCGAUGUC